AACUCAAAGAAGAAGUAUCGAGAAACGAAAGACAGUUACGAAGAAAAUACAACAACAACAAGAUGAAAAUCGCCUUCAUAUUCGUUCUGUUCUUGUCUCUUGCAUUCGUGGAUGAUUCCAUAGCCUGGGGUAGAUUCAUUAAAAGGGUUGGCAGAGUGAUCAAAAAGGUGGUUCAUAAAGUAAAACCGUAUGUGCCACAUAUAAAGACAGGCAUUAAGUGUGCAAAAGCAGUAGCCGGAUUGGUCGGAGAUCAAGAUUUAAAGGAAUUGAGGAGAAUCAAAGCUAUGGACGAAGCGGAAUACCAGCUUGUGAGAUCACUAUUAGCUGACGAAAUCGCCUCCCAGAAAGGAGAGAAUGCUGAAAUGAUCGAGAAAGGACUGGAUGCGAUUGUGGACAUGUCGGAAGGACAAUUCCAACAACUCAUGACUGAUCAGAGAAACGAGAAUUACGAAGUCGAGCUGUUCCAGUAGGCGAUGUACUAAUUGCCGGAACGACCACAAAGACCGAACAUUACAUUUUAUUGCUUUUUUUUAUUUACAACAGAAACUUGCACAAAUAAAAUCCAAAAAAAUUGUGGCGCCAUAA